AUGCAUUCUGAACAUGUCCAUAAGUCUGAAGAAUUUUUUAAAAGAAAAUUAGAAGAGUUUGAUAACCAAACGAAAUCGUUAAAAAAACUUGUUUCUGUCUCUUCAAAUGCUUUACUAGCAUCGUACAAAGUUUCUUACAGGAUUGCAAAAUGCAAGAAACCGCACAAUAUCGGAGAAACUCUAGUUUUGCCAGCAGCUAUCGAUAUGGUUGAAGCAAUGUUUGGCGAAUCCUAUGCAAAACAAUUACAGCAAAUACCGCUUGCUGAUAACACAGUCGCUAGAAGAAUUGAUGACAUAUCUGAAGAUCUUUGUGAUCAGUUGGUUUCUCGACUACGUAACUGUAAAUUUGCUAUACAAGUUGAUGAGGGAGCUGACAUAAAUAAAAAUGCACAUUUAAUUGCAUAUGUCAGAUAUGCUGAAGAAAAAAAUAACAUAGAAUGGAUCAAUUGUGUUGGACUUUGUACAGACGGAGCACAGUCAAUGUCAGGAAAUAAAUCUGGUCUUCAAGCUCUUGUAAAAAACAGAGCACCAGAAAUUAUCCGGACGCACUGCAUGCUGCACAGAUCAGCACUUGUCUCAAAGAAUAUGAGUCCAGAACUGAACGAUAUUUUUGCGCAAAUUACAAAAGUUAUAAACUACAUAAAACACAGUCGAAAUUUGAACGGAAUAUGA